AUGCCAUCGGUCCUCGACAUGGGCCCGUUCAGCCAGCCGGAGUGGAGCGACUCCAGUGACUCCAUGGAGCCAUCUCCUCUACCGCAGCUGGGCUACUUCGUGCCGGUCAGGUGCAGAUGUGAGCGGACGUCGCAUCACGUGUGUCGGAGAAGCAGAAGAGAAUCUCCCCGGUCCCGCCGCUCCGUGUCACAAUGUUCCUGCAACAGCAUCUCACGAAGGUCUUCAGCAGCGGCAUCUCCCCUUCCGAUGCCGCUGCCCCCUCUCAACAAUACCGUGGAAAUGUACGUCGAGCCUGUCGUCGAGGAUUUAUAUGUGUAUGAGUUGCACUAA